AUGGACACAGCCAGACGUUCUUCGAGAGCUGCCCGGUCCAGUCAGCCUCUACAAUCCGCCUCCCAACACUCCUCUACCUCUUCGAACUCAUCUGGUCGCGCAGACAGGGCUACUCGAUCACACAACAAAGCCGAAUCGCCGCGCAAGUCAACGCCCUCGGGCUCAUUGUCGUCGGAUCCCCCAGAUGACACCAUCAGGGCCGUGGUCGAGGACGCUGUCCAAACACGUCGAAAGCGCGGUCGGGGUGAAGAUCAGGUGAAGCAGGUGAAGAUGCUAGCUACCGAGCCCGAAAUAAUGAACGGCACAGACGAAGUAGGAGAGGACGACGAAGCCGUUCGUUGCAUAUGCGGCUUCGACGAGUACCCAGGCCCUCCACAGGUUGCCGAAGAAGACAAGAAGACGGGGAUUAAAGAAGGAUUAGAAGAUCCUAUGAUCACAUCGGCAGAUGUAACAGAAGACUUGGCCGGAUUCUUUUUGCAAUGCGACGUCUGCAAAGUCUGGCAGCACGGUGGCUGCGUGGGAAUCAUGAACGAAGAUACAAGUCCAGAUGAGUACUUUUGCGAAGAAUGUCGGAAAGACCUGCACAAGAUUUUCACCGCCUCCAAUGCGCAAAGAUACUCGCAAUAUCUACCUCUAUACCCAACUUUAUCCCGAACGACUUCUCGAGCAGCAUCAUUUUCGAAGGAUGGCACGCGGUCUCCCCGAGGAAGUAAAAGUGGCAGACCAUCCUCCAGUCUACAGAGCACAGCAAAGAGGAGAUCAACUAUGAACAGCAGAGAUGCGGCGUAUGACGAGGCGGCAGAAUUGCAGCGCGCAAUUGAGGCGAGCAAAGGUCAGAAGAGUGAAAGUACCGACGGGGGAACCACAAGGCGCGGGAAACGAGGACGUAGCGAUAGCGAAGAGAAACCCGAGGGGCCAAAAAGACAGCGGACAGCAUCAGCGUCUCCGUCGCCUUCUCCUUCCCCGUCGCGAGAGCCCCAACACUCUACACCUCAGGCAGAUUCCGACGAUGGGGCGAAUGGGGCGAAUGGGGCAAAUGGGGCAAAUGGGGCAAAUGGGGCAAAUGGGGCAAAUGGACGACCACCCGGUGGAAAGAAGAUUCGAGGCGCUGCGGCGCGAAACCACAAGGAGAAGGAGUUGCGGGAAGAACGAGAGAAGUCGAGACAGGAGGCAGCGACUAAACGAAAAGGUCGUGCUGAGCGUCGACGUGUCGAAGAGGCGGAAACAUCAGAAGAGGCUCCACUUGCGCAAAGAAAUUCCGUGGCAAAGAGUGCAGAACCGACUGCACCACCCGUGGAUCCUCCACCAUCGUCACAGCCUAUAAUCCCUGACACACCUCCUGCUAUACCACCUCCAGCUUCCCACAAGAAAGGUGGCCGGCCGCCAAAUGCCCGAAAGGGAAAGCUGGGAAAGAACCAGUAUACAAAAGACCGAGAUAUUCCAGAACCAGAUGCCCAAUCACCGAACCGUUCGCAAUCGCGAGACGUUGGAAAAGUGGAAGAGACCGUGCAUACCACGACGAACAAGGCAUUGAACCACGAGGGAAAGGUUGGGAAAUCGAAGGCUGUUGUCAGCAAAAUUACAAUGACGGAUAUGAGAAGAAGAGUGGCAGCCAUACUCCAAUUCAUAUCACGGACGGAAUACGAGUUGGGCGAUGCGAUAUCGCAUACAACCAGUCAUACCGCCGAGAAAAUGAUCCGUGGCCUGGCUGAUGGCCUGCCAAUGAUCAAAGUCAACGGCGAAAACGGUGCUAGUUCAAAAGAAGGCGGAUCCGGGGCGACGGCCAGGGAGUUUAAGGACCUUUCUUGCAAGGAAAUGAUUGUCGAGUUGACUAAACAGCUACUGAAAUGGCAAGACGAGUUCGCUUAA